AUGGAUCAGAGGGCUGCCAGGAAGGAACAACUAAAGACACUGAAGAAAGAGGACUCCCCGAGCUGCUGCAGAAGGAAUUUCAUCGUUACUGGCUUGCAGGACAUUGACAAGUGCAGGCAGCAGCUUCAUGACAUCACUGUUCCUCUGGAAGUCUUUGAGUACAUCGAUCAAGGUCGGAACCCUCAGCUCUACACCAAGGAGUGCCUGGAGAGGGCUCUAGCCAAAAACGAACAAGUGAAAGGCAAGAUCGACACGAUGAAGAAAUUUAAAAGCCUGUUGAUUCAAGAGCUUUCUAAAGUAUUUCCAGAAGACAUGGCCAAGUACCGGAGCAUCCGGGGGGAGGACCACCCGCCAUCCUGUGUGUGACAGCCCAGGCCCGUGUGACUUCCUGGGGCUGCUGGGACUGGGCUGUCCCCACCCCGACCAUCGUGUAGCUGUGGGAUGGCCCAGCUGGAAGAGGCCUGAGCUGUGGCCUGCCGCCCUUAGAGGUCCCGGUCAGUGGGGAGACGGCACUGGAAACAGUCUCGAAAUAGACCAUGGGCUCGAUGAAUUGAAAGUUUAAAAAUGCCAUUUGAAUUUUUUAUAUAUUCUUUCUGUCCUAUCCUACUGUAGCAUCAGAAAGCUAAAAAAAUUGGUUUUGUAUUUUACAUCUUCAAGUGCAGUGCAUAAGACUACGUAACCAUAGUUUCAAUUAGAUGUGUAAAGUCUCUAACUGUUGUAUGGCUCGUUCCAUGUAAUUAUUUUCUUCAUAUUUUUACAAGACAGUGCAGCGUAUCUUAGAAAAACUGAAUUGUUACUUCCCCAAAGUGUUACUACUAUUCAUAAAGCGAAUUGUUUUCUCUAGGCAUUUGUUUUUUUCUCCAAUUCUUUGGAGGCCCUGAGAAGCACACAGGAAUGGUCAUCGCCAGGCUCUUGGAAGGCGGUCCCCGCACUGCACUGCCGCUUUGGGGUACGCUGCCGCCCCUCAGUCCUGGGGAGCCUGCUCCCGAUGGCCAGGACCCAUUCCCCGAGGGUAGAGUCCCAGGUCUGCGCCCCGCAGUCAGGCUUGGGCUGGGGCGGGGACAUGCGUGGGUUCUUGCUGCCCCCAUGGCCUGGCCUGCUGACAAGUGGCCAGUGUGGUGGCGUCGGGUAGCAUGAGGCCACCUCCUUGCUCUGGGCCGGAAGUCAGGUCUCUGCUGAAAAGGGUCAGGUGUGCUCUGCUCUGGAAGCUGUGGCUCUCAGGUUGUGGCCUCUGACUGCUGUGCAGUGGUGAUAAUGAAAGUGCAGGAGACAGGCCACAAGCUGCGGUGACCUGCACCCUGGGAGGCAGAGGCAGGAAAAUCACAGGUUUGAGCCCAGCUUGGGCACUUUGGCAACUUAGUCCUUGUCUCGAAAGCAGAGAGACUGGUGUCACAGCUCUGUGAGAGGGCCCUGGUUCAGUCCCCAGUCCCACCCAAGUAAACAGCCGAAAACCCCCACAACACGCUGUUCAGGAACCAUCAGCGGAGGCGGGAUAUGUACCGUGAGAGCUCCUCGCAGCAGCUGCCUGGUCCUCUGCCCGUUGGCUUUCCUGCCCCUUCGGCCUUGGGCUUCCUUGGGGGCAGCCCGCCUGAUCCUACACCGGCAGGCUCAUCCAUCUCGCGGCCCCAGGUACCAUGUUGGGUCAAGAUCCCAGGUUCACACUCUGCCCGUCCAUCCCUGAGUCCUGCGUGUCACGACCCACCUUCUGGUUUCUGUCCAUGAGACUUCCCAGGAGCCUCAGACCCGGUGCCCAGAACUGGACCGACUUCUUCCACUCCCCUCAUGUCCCCCAGCAAACGGUGCCACCUUCUGUCCAUCCCACUUGUGUCCUAGCCGCAGAGCCGUGGGUGCGUCUCCUGAAUUUCCCAUUUUGCCCUUUCUCCCUCUUGACCAACUCUCCUGGCCUUGCAUCUCCCAGUCUGCCAUGUGCAUGCCCCAUGGAUGCCAGUAUCACAUCUCCCCCUUGGCCCACUCAGGUUGUGGGGUGAAAGGCUCUGACAAGGAAAAGCUCCCCAAAGCCUCGAGAACAGCAGCCCUGCCGAAACCUUGCUGUGAGGACCUGUGGGUCCAGACGUGCACGGAAGUAGAUUCCCACUGUUAGGUGUGUGGUAGUGUCUUACAGCCCCGACGAGAAAGGAACACGGGAUAGAAGAGGCCAGACUGCUUUGAAAACACGAGUGUAGUUGUGUUGUAAGAAUGCCUCAGUGUCCUGAAUUGGCGGUCAUUUUGACUUUGGGGAAGGGCCAGAAGUAGCGGGGUGUGGGUUCAGUGAGUAAGCUUGGUGAGGAUGCACUUACCCUACCAGCCUGCCUUUCCAUCAGGCAGGCGCAGCAGCAGCAGCAUUCACCAUGUUUUUGAUCCUAAAGACUCAGGAAAGAGGACUCCAGAACUGUUUCAGAAAGUGGCAAGGACGAUGGGAUAAGGAUGUUCCGAGUGACGGGGGGGUAUUUUGAGGGAGAAUAAAAGUGUACCUUUUACUAU